CUCGGCGGCGGGCGGCGGAGGUGGCGGCGGACCGGCGGCAGGGCUGGCUGUGGGGUAGCUGCGACGCCGUGGCUCUGCGGAGCGGGGCUCGAACGUACCGCGUCGCGUCGCAUCGCGAUAGCUCAGUCUUCUGCGAGGGAGAGUGAAGAUGCUUAAGGAGCGCCCAGGGAUGGCGGAAGAGCCUCAGCAGCACAUGGGGGUUCCUGUGGUGAAGCUGGAGAAGGAGCUGCCCUGGGGCAGGGCGAGGGAAGACUCCAGUCCUGAAACCUUUCGUCUGAGGUUUCGCCAGUUCCGCUACCAGGAGGCAGCUGGUCCCCAGGAAGCCCUUAGGGAGCUCCAGGAGCUCUGUCGCAGGUGGCUGAGGCCAGAGUUGCACACCAAGGAGCAGAUCCUGGAGCUGCUGGUGUUGGAGCAGUUCCUGACCAUCCUGCCCCGGGAGUUCUAUGCAUGGAUUCGGGAGCACGGCCUGGAGAGUGGCAAGGCACUGGUGGCCAUGGUGGAGGAUUUGACGGAGAGUGCGCUGGAGGCCAAGGCGGUUCCAUGCCAUGUGCUGGGAGAGCAGCAGGAGACAGCCCUUGGCCAAGGCUCUUGGGAGCCAGGGGUUCAUCUGGGGCCAGUGGAGGUUAAGCCUGAGUGGGGGAUGCCCCAUGCGGAAGGUGUUCAAGGCCUAGACCAAAGCACCGACGAACAGCUGAGUCAACAUCGUGGGGACCGGACACAGGCGUUUCCGGAGCAGGCGCUGCCUAUCCUCCCGCCAGGUCCAUCUCUCCCCACAGUGAGUGCCAGAGAACAAGAGAUGGCAGCUGGGUUCCUUACAGCAGGAUCCCAGGGACUGGGGCCAUUUAAAGACAUGGCCCUGGUCUUCCCCGAGGAGGAGUGGAGGCAUGUGACCCCAGCCCAGAUCGACUGCUUUGGGGAAUAUGUGGAACCGCAGGACUGUGGGGGCCCUCCAGGUUCAGGGAGCAAGGACAAGGAUGCAAAGCCCCAUGAGGAGGACCUGAAAGGGGCAUUCGAUGGGCUGGCUCCUGAGAGGUUUGCAGAAGCUGCUGUCCAGGGGCCUGGCCCCGGACGAGCUUGUGAGCAGGAGUCUGGGGGCCCUGCGGGUGACUUGCCUGGACUUCCGGCACCCCAGCAUGGUGUCCCCCUGCCUGAUGCCCCCCAUGUCCACAGUUCGUGGAAGCCUUUCCAAUGUCCUGAGUGCGGGAAAGGCUUCAGUCGGAGCUCCAACCUGGUCCGCCACCAGAGGACCCACGAGGAGGAGAAGGCAUUUGGCUGUGUGGAGUGUGGGAAGGGUUUCACCCUGAGGGAAUAUCUCACCAAGCACCAGCGAACACACCUGGGGAAGCGGCCCUAUGUGUGCAGCGAGUGCUGGAAGACGUUCAGCCAGAGGCACCACCUGGAAGUGCACCAGCGGAGCCACACGGGUGAGAAGCCCUACAAGUGUGCUGACUGCUGGAAGAGCUUCAGCCGCCGCCAGCAUCUGCAGGUGCACCGCAGGACACACACCGGUGAGAAGCCCUAUACCUGCGAGUGUGGCAAGAGCUUCAGCAGGAAUGCCAACCUGGCUGUGCACCGGCGCGCCCACACUGGUGAGAAGCCCUACGGCUGCCAGGUGUGUGGGAAGCGCUUCAGCAAGGGUGAGCGCCUGGUCCGCCACCAGAGGAUCCACACUGGUGAGAAGCCCUACCACUGCCCUGCCUGUGGGCGCAGCUUCAACCAGAGGUCCAUUCUCAACCGGCACCAGAAGACCCAGCAUCGCCAAGAACCCCCAGUGCAGUGAGACCCCCCCCAUGUGCCUGGCUGGUGGG